AUGGCCGCUUCUGCGGAUUUACCGAGUGCUCUUGCUCAACUAUGCAAGAUCUGCCGACAACUGGAAGAUUUCGACACAAUUCUAGAAUGCCGACCUGACGAUCCCUCUGACAGAGAUCUCUGGGCGUAUGAUGACCAGUGGCCUGGACUGCCCCACCUCGAGGCAUCCGCCAACUCAGGAUGUGAUUUCUGCAGACUGCUGCGUGAGACUCUACUCUCGGCGCCCGAGAGGCAAUCGUGGCCGAAUGGAAGCCUCGCAGGAGUGCGCAUUCAAAUAAGCCGUGCCACAUAUGACGACUGUGACUACAAUCCAUUGAGACUUUACGGUCUCGAAGCUAGUUUGCUAGGUUAUACGCCCAGCUUUGGCGGAACAUUACAGGGAUUUGAGGUCCGCAAAGUGGUAUUUCAGGCCUGGACAAAGGAACAAAAGGUAAAACUUUCAGCCAGCGUCGAUGGGCGUAGCAUAUUGCGACGCUUCAGAGUCGCUGAUCUCUUGACUUCCAAAUCAGCAGAAGCUGUUUUUCCACUCUUUACUUCCCUGUCACCCGAGGUUCUCUCGAAGCGAAACAUUCGCUUUAUGAGAGAUGCUAUCGCAGCACAUCAGCAUAAGUUUUACACUAGUGAGGAGCAUGGCUUCUUACCAACCAGGCUCCUGGAUCUCGGGGAGGAUACCGCUACCGUUAAGAAACUGCAUCUAGUCCUUCGCGACGAGAUGCCGAAGACCCAAGCCCAUAAUGCGAAUGAUCCAAGACGCAAUCGAGAUGCUCUGUGCAUUCUACAAGGAGGAGAGGAGACCGAGGUUCAGGAUUGGGACCGUGAAAGUCAGCAAAUGUGCGACGUCUUCGGGAACGCCUACUUCACAAUCUGUGCCGUCUCCUUGAAAAGCUGCCAAGACCGCUUCCUCUCCAAGCGCUGCGAGGUGUUGCCAGCGCUGAACAUUCACUUUAAGUCAAAGCACUGCAUCGGUGGCCAGUCUCAGUCAUCCUACUGUAUGGCCCCAUGUUCGGAGAGCGACUUGUAUCGUUCCAAUUGGAUUGGGGAGCUGGAGAACUCUAGAUGGCAUUCUCGCGGUUGGGUGUACCAGGAGCUCGCGAUGUCCCCACGCCUUAUCAUUUUCACUCGCUACGGUAUUGUCUUUAGCUCUGCGGAAAGUUACGUGUGCGAAGACGGCACCGAUAGCAUAUGGACAAGUUACCGGCUCGGCAGGAUACCGGAUAGAAGACUUGCCAAAUCCCCUUUCUCAAAAUUCGCAAUUGACGUUCGUCAGAUUUCCACGAAGCAAUUCACACAUGAGACAGAUCGGCUACCAGCUACCACAAGUCUAGCAAGGCGUGUCGCCGAUCUCACCGGUAGCGAAUAUCUCGCCGGUUUGUUCAAGGAUGACCUCGCACGGGCCCUCCUCUUCUACAAAGAGAGGGCCGAUAUUCGUCAAUCGUUCCACGAGCGACUCCGCCAACUCUCGGAGCCAGGGUCGAUUUCUCGGCCGUCAUGGUCCUGGGCCGGUCUCCCUGGCCCUUCCCAUCACACUGGCCCAAAGUCUCCACACAGAAUUGAAGAAAUUGAAUUGAUAGAAGCGGUAGCAGUGAGAAGGGACGAAACAUCCUUUGGCAGGGUGCUUGGGGGCUAUCUCAAGAUUCGCGUUGGCAUGAUAUCCCUGCGAGACUGGGUAAAGGGGGAUGAAGACGUCGCGGAGCAGGCCUUGCAAGGGGGCUACUUGAACGAUUCACGAGGGGAAAUGGUGCAAAUCUGUUGGGAUACAUACAACUCAGAGGCCGUAGAUAUCCUCAUCGACGCUGUCUACUUGCUACGUAUCAUGGAAGAACCUGCUUUUGAAGUUCACGGGUUGUUUGUGUACCCGGCUGAAAGGGGUGGAGAGUUCUACCGUUUUGGGUAUUGGAGAGUCGAUCCUUGGGUGGAUGAACAGGUGAAUUGGGAGAUGAGGACAAUCUCAUUGCUUUGA